AACAAGAUGGCAAAAGUCUGGAGUGAAACGUCUUUUUCAGGGAGAAAACGGCUGUCAACAAACACAUCCGACGAUGAGCUUGAUGCCAUGGAAAAUGGGGACAGCAGGACUCACUCUGCUUGUGAAGACAGCCCUGAGAGAACCUUGUCUUCUACGUCCCAUAGAGGAACACACAGACGUUCCAGGGUAGUGACCAGGCUGUCUUACCUCUUCCUUAUGCUGCGGAACUGGGUUUCUCCCAGGAUGAACCCUGUGGAGGAGAGGAAAGACUCUUUCCUGGAGCGCAUCAGAGGCCCGACACUUAAACACACAGCCAGUGGAGACAUCCCCCAGUGUGUUGGUCAUAAUGAAACACAAAGAAAUAAAAAUCUUAAGUGGCCCCUUGCUGCUUACAACACAAAUAACUGCAACAACACAGAUGACAAAAAAGAGGACAAAAAAGAUGAGAUUAAGAAAGAUGAGAAGAAAGAGGAGGAGAAAAAAGAGGAAAAGGACGGAGACAAGAAGGAAGAAAAUAAGGAUGAGAAAAAAGAUGAGAAGAAAGAUGAAAAGAAAGAAGAAAAGAAAGAUGAGAAAAAAGAUGAUAAGAAAGAUGAUAAAAAGAAAGAGGAACCUCCAAAAGAAAUAUGGAUUAUGGAUCCAUCAGCGGACCAGUACUACAGAUGGCUGAGUGUCAUUGCGGGCCCCGUAUUUUAUAACCUUAUCAUGAUUGUAACAAGGGCCUCCUUUAAUGAGCUCCAAAAUUCUUAUACCAAACUCUGGAUUGUAUUGGACUAUACCUCAGACAUCAUCUACUUCAUGGACACGUUUGUCAGGUCAAGAACAGGUUACCUUGAGCAAGGCCUGCUGGUAAAAGAUGCCAAAAAACUAAGAGCGAAAUACAGAACGACAUCUCAGUUUAAGUACGAUAUGAUAUCGAUGAUACCCACAGACCUGCUGUUUCUGAAAUAUGGAUUUGAUAAUCCGGAGUUCCGUUUCAACCGUCUUUGCAAAAUCCAGAGGCUCUUUGAGUUCUUUGAGCGUACCGAGACAAGAACCAGCUUCCCGAACAUGUUUCGAAUCAGCAAUCUAGUGCUUUACAUCCUCAUCAUUAUCCACUGGAAUGCUUGCAUUUUCUAUUCCAUUUCUAAAAGCAUUGGUUUUGGAACUGACACAUGGGUCUAUCCCAAUAUCAGCCACCCAGAGCAUGGUCGACUGGCACGGAAGUACAUCUACUCCCUAUACUGGUCUACGCUUACCCUCACCACCAUUGGAGAGACACCAGCACCAGUAAGAGAUGUUGAGUUCCUCUUUGUCAUUGGGGACUUCCUCACUGGUGUGCUCAUUUUUGCUAGUAUUGUCGGUAACGUUGGUGCCAUGAUCUCCAAUAUGAAUGCCUCUCGCGCAGAGUUUCAGGCAAAGAUUGACUCUAUAAAGCAGUACAUGCAAUUUCGAAAGGUCACCAAAGACCUGGAGGCUAGAGUCAUCAAGUGGUUCGACUAUCUUUGGACCGAGAAGAAGACCUGUGAUGAGAAAGAAGUUUUAAAAACACUCCCAGACAAGCUUAAGGCUGAGAUUGCCAUCAAUGUCCACCUGGAUACACUAAAGAAAGUCCGAAUUUUCCAGGACUGCGAGGCGGGUCUGUUGAUCGAACUGGUGCUCAAGCUGCAGCCACAGGUGUUCAGUCCUGGAGAUUACAUCUGUAAGAAAGGAGAUAUCGGCAGAGAGAUGUACAUCAUAAAGGAAGGGAAGCUGGCAGUGGUGGCUGACGAUGGCGUCACUCAGUUCGUGGUGCUCAGCGACGGAGCCUACUUUGGAGAAAUCAGUAUCUUAGGAAUCAAGGGCAGUAAAGCAGGCAACAGACGAACAGCAAAUAUCCGAAGCGUAGGAUACUCUGAUCUCUUUGCCCUCUCUAAGGACGACUUGAUGGAGGCUCUCACCGAGUAUCCAGAUGCUAAGAAAGCUUUGGAAGAAAAGGGAAAAGCCAUCCUGAUGAAAGACAACCUAAUAGAUGAGGCGGUUGCGAAUGCGGGUGCUGACCCCAAAGACUUGGACGAGAAGAUUGUAAAACUGCAGGGCAACCUUGAUGUGAUGCAGACCAAGUUUGCUCAGCUGUUGGCAGAGUUUACCUCCACGCAGGCGCGGCUGAAGCAGAGGGUCUCCAAAAUGGAGGAAAAGGUGAAAUCCAUACAACCUGAGGACCUUUCUGAAGUGGUUGCUGACAAAGACAAAAAAGUCCAGUGAGAAAACAUAAACAAAGAACUAUAAAAGUGACUUUCUUUUAUUUCAUAUAAAUGCCCACAUUUUUAACUGUUUAUAUAUCUUGUCUGUUGUCAUCAUAAUGUGUCAAAUUGUGUACAGUGUAUGCAGGGGAUCAUCAUGCUUUCUGACUAACUGCUACUUUUGUCUUGUCUUAAAACAGAUUGAGAUCAUUGAGCAGAAGCACUUGUUUAAUGCCAAAAAUUGGCUUUUUAUAGCCUUAGAAUGAUGACUUAUUUUUCUGAUAAUAAUUCAGAUU